UUGGGCGGCAGGAAGGAAGGAAGGGAGGGAGGGCGGCCAUCUUGUUUGUUUGAGUCGCCUCGGCAGGAGGAGGAGGAGGAGGGGGAAAGAGAAGGGAGCGGCGGCGGCGGCGGCCCGGAAGGCUUCCCACCGCCCGAAGCCCUCGGAGGCCGCGGCGAAGCUGAGAUUGUUUCAUAGAGAGCAAGCACAAUGUUCUACGCUCACUUUGUCCUGAGUAAGCGUGGGCCGCUUGCCAAAAUUUGGCUGGCGGCCCACUGGGAUAAAAAACUAACCAAAGCCCAUGUCUUCGAAUGCAACUUGGAAAGCAGUGUGGAGAGCAUCAUCUCACCAAAGGUGAAGAUGGCUCUUCGUACUUCAGGACAUCUUUUAUUGGGAGUUGUUAGAAUCUACCACAGGAAAGCUAAAUACCUCCUUGCGGAUUGUAAUGAAGCAUUCAUUAAGAUCAAGAUGGCUUUCCGUCCAGGUGUGGUUGAUUUGCCUGAGGAAAAUAGAGAAGCUGCAUAUAAUGCUAUCACUUUACCAGAAGAAUUUCAUGAUUUUGACCAGCCCUUGCCAGAUCUAGAUGAUAUUGAUGUAGCUCAGCAGUUCAGUUUAAAUCAAAGUAGAGUGGAAGAAAUUACAAUGCGAGAAGAAGUAGGCAACAUCAGUAUCCUUCAGGACAAUGAUUUUGGUGACUUUGGAAUGGAUGACCGUGAAAUUAUGCGAGAGGACAGUGCAUUUCCAGAUGACAUGCUGGACAGUACCAGUGCCUCCAACCUUCUACUGGAGCCUGAGCAGAGCACCAGUCAUCUUACUGAGAAAACUAAUCAUUUGGAAUAUGAUGAUCAAUACAAGGAUGACAAUUUUGGAGAAGGAAAUGAUGGGGGAAUCCUAGAUGACAAACUUCUCAGUAACAAUGAUGGAGGAGGCAUAUUUGAUGAUCCACCAGCCAUUUCGGAGGGGGGAGUAAUGAUGCCUGAGCAACCUGCCCAUGAUGAUAUGGAUGAUGAUGAUAAUGCCUCGAUGGGUGGACCGGAUAGCCCAGACUCAGUAGAUCCAGUUGAACCACUGCCAACUAUGACCGAUCAGACAACACUGGUUCCAAAUGAAGAAGAAGCAUUUGCUUUAGAGCCUAUUGAUAUAACUGUUAAGGAAACAAAGGCAAAGAGGAAGAGAAAGUUGAUUGUAGACAGCGUGAAGGAACUUGACAGCAAGACUAUCAGAGCCCAACUCAGUGACUACUCUGAUAUUGUCACUACACUGGAUUUGGCACCUCCUACUAAGAAGUUAAUGAUGUGGAAGGAAACUGGGGGUGUUGAAAAACUUUUCUCUCUUCCUGCUCAACCUCUGUGGAAUAACAGACUUCUGAAGCUUUUCACUCGUUGUCUAACACCUCUUGUACCAGAAGAGCUCAGAAAGAGGAGGAAAGGAGGAGAAGCUGAUAACCUGGAUGAGUUUCUUAAAGACUUUGAGAAUCCAGAAGUUCCCAGAGAGGAAAAGCAGCGCAGUGUUAUUGAUGACACUAUCUUGGAGGAGCCAAGUCGCCUUCAGGAGUCCAUAAUGGAAGGCAGCAGGACCAGCCUGGAUGAAUCCGUCAUGCCACCACCUCCUCCUCAGACAGGCGUAAAGCGAAAGGCUGCACAAGUGGAACCAGAACCUGUCCUACCUGUGUUAACAUCUCUGUGUCCUCAGACUCAACCAUUGCAACAGAUAGAAAUGCCACCAGUAGAAUUGCCUCCAGAAGAGCCUCAAAACAUCUGUCAGCUUAUCCCUGAAUUGGAGCUUUUGCCUGAAAAGGAGAAGGAAAAAGAAAAAGAAAAGGAGGAAGAAGAAGAGGAAGAGGAGGAAGAUGGUACAGGGGGUGACCAGGAUCAAGAAGAAAGGCGAUGGAACAAGAGAACUCAACAAAUGCUUCAUGGUCUUCAGAGAGCACUUGCCAAGACCGGAGCAGAAUCCAUCAGUUUGCUUGAGUUGUGUAGGAACACAAACCGCAAGCAAGCAGCAGCAAAAUUCUACAGUUUCUUGGUACUUAAAAAACAGCAAGCUAUCGAGCUGACGCAGGAGGAACCGUACAGUGACAUCAUUGCCACUCCUGGCCCGAGAUUCCAUAUUAUUUGAAUGUUCAGCUUUCUGUAUAGGUGGCAUUGUUAGUGCUUCUGCGUUGUCCCAUGUGUAGGGCCCACAAAACUAGAUCUCAUUGUCUGUACAGUCAUUGACUUCUGUCUUUUGAGGUUUUUUCUAUUGCAUUUUACCACUUCUACCAUUUCUAGCAAUGUCUGCACUGGGUGACUUGAGUUCCAGCUGCAGUGAUAAGAGAAAGUAACUCAAGGAUCUUAUAAAGAGUGUUUUUAAAACAAUUCAGAACAGAUGUGUGCAAUAUUGGUGCAUGUAACUAGGAUUUAUAAAUUGUUUUACAAUUAUCUGCUCAAUAAACUACAAUUAUUCGACUCUGGAAGACCCAAAAUGGCCAUUCUAAUUUUUCUUAUUACAGUUUUUGCCAAACUUAUGCAUUCUCUCUCUCUCUCUCCCUGAAGGUAGUGAAUUGUUAGUUCCAAAAUGUCUUUCAGUGUUUAUCACUUUCCUGCUUCUGAUGGUGCUCCUGGAGCUGCCAAUAUGAAUGUUAGUGCCUGGCAGGAGUCCUUGCUGUGCCAUGGUAUCUCUAGAAUAGGAUUUAAGCAGCUCUGGGAAUAAAUGUAAAUUACUGCCUUUGGAAAAAUACUGUACUUAUCAGAACUACUUUAAACGCAAAAGACAAAACAUGUUUGGUAUUUAAUACUGCAUUCCUUCUCACUGUGGUCCAUUUCCAUUGGCAUAUAGUUGUAAGGACUGGACAGUUUUGUUAGGCACCAGUAGGCUUUCCUUCCCCUUAAAUUAAAACUUCUUGAGCAUUUAUGAUUUUUUAAGGCUUUCUAGAAAUGUCAUACUUUCAGAUUACACGCAAUUUAACUUUGUUGAUCUGGUAGCUAAAUUGGUCUGUUGUAUUUCUAAAAACAAAAAAUAAAUGGAUGGACACCAUGGGCCUGAAAGGACAGCGAGCUACAGAUGUAUAUUUAGAGGAAAGUAAAAUUGCAUUUAUUGAACGUAAUCUUGUUGUGUAAUCAUAGAUCUCCAGAGACUUUUACGGCUUUUGUAACUGUGUAUUUUCCAAUAAUGCACACUCAUGGAACACUGAAUAGCUUUUUAAAUGGCCUGCAAUUUGGUUUUACUAUUUUUAAAGAAUAAAGGCUUUAUUAUCAUGACCAGGCCAUACCAGAAAUCAUGUGAAUAUGUUGAUGUCAACAUUUUAAGAGUAAAAUAACUAAAGGUUCUGAUUUUAAAUGUUGGCACUUUUGUGAAAUUAUUCUCUUCUGGGAUUGAGAUUUCAGUGUAUGCCCAAGUGUAAAAUUAUGUGAAUGUUUUAAAAUUUGCAACAUGUUUUAACAAUCCUUGAGAAAGUUAAUUGUAUAAAAUAGUUACUGCAGCUUUAUUUUUGACAUGAUGUGCCUGUAUAACCAUAAUUUCCCCCUUUGUACAAAGAGACAUUGUAGAUAACUUGAAUGUUUAAUUAUAGAGGAGGUCAUUAGUUUCUUGUUAAAGUUUUAGUCUGUUCUUGUUACUUUUCAAGGUUAAUAUUCUUGGAAAUAGUUGCUGUUAUGUAUAACUUUUCUAAUAAAAGUUGUGUUAUAAGCAA